AUGGAGCAAUAUCUAUUAGCAAAUGUGUCGCGAUAUCAGUGUCUGGUACAGCGGUUUAAGCCACGGCGACCUACCACAACUAAGAAUAAAGACGUGGCCGACUGCUCGAACAUUGCUGUAGCCAUUCGGAUACGGCCUAUAUUGGAUCACGAGACAUUAUCCGGUCAGGUCCCCGCUGUUUUCCCUCGCAGCGAAAGUGGAGUAGUGGACCUUCAUGAAUUGAAGAGAGUGGUCAGAGGUCUACCGACUUUGAAUUCAUCUACAUUCCGAGUUGGUAAUGUGUUCGGUACGGAUUGCCCUACAGAGACACUUUAUACAAUUCUGCUUCAACCACUUCUCCCAUCAGUAUGGGAAGGAGGCAUAGGCACACUGUUUGCUUUUGGACAAACAGGCUCGGGCAAAACCCAUACCAUCAGCGGAUUGGAACGACUGCUCGCUGAUACUUUGUUUGAUGCGGCUUGGACAACUCAGCGAAAACUAUAUGUUUCCAUGUUCGAGCUUGCCGGGAAUUCCGCAUAUGAGUCACGUGCGCCGUUCUCGAUCCUCGAAGACUCGUUUGGCAAUACACAGCUUGUUGGGGCCCAGGAGCUUUCCAUUGAUAGCAAGUCUGAAUUUUUAGCACUGAUUGAAAAGGCAACAUCUUUCCGACAGACUGCCGGUACAGAGAAGAACGACGGAUCCUCACGCUCGCACGCAAUUUGCCGCAUCAGAGCCGUGGACAUAUCACCAGAAGUCUCGGAAGAUGGCAUCCUCUAUUUGAUUGACCUUGCAGAGUCAGAGGCAGCACGGGACCUGGCCAACCAUAGCGCUGAUCGCAUGAAAGAGACCCGUGAGAUCAAUAUCAGUCUCUCUAUACUCAAGGAUUGCAUACGAGGUAUCGCAAGCGCUAACAACACACCCGGCACUGUGAAAAUGGGUCAAAAAGGACCUUAUAUUCCAUUUCGUCAGAGCACCUUGACCAAGGUUUUGAAGCAUGUUUUUGACCCGUCUGGUACUCGAAAUUCCAAGACUGCAGUAUUAGCCUGCAUCAACCCGAGUUUUUUGGACACCUCGGCAACCAAAAAUACACUUCGUUACGCUCAUAUGCUUUGUUCGACUGAAGUCAAGUACCAGGCGGCGGAGUAUAAUCCUGCGAUACCAAAGUCGUGGAGUAACAAGUUUGUUCGAAGCUAUAUCACCAAAGAGGUGAGUGAUACAUUCCAAAUGCCAAUCAUAACUCUCCCGUGCUGGCAUAUUGACACUGAAAAGUCGGGCAAUCCCGUGAUUUCACCGUCCAUUCUUGCACCACACGAGUCGGGCUCUCAGCUUCUAGCUAUCCCGUUGAAUAAAUUCGUCGCUCGCUGCCUCCGUACUAAGGGUGUGACGGAGAAUCAAGCGAAAGCUUUUCAUGCUAAGCUUUGGCGCCUACACAUUGACUCCACACGCGGCUCCGGCGCAGGUCGCAAGGGUGUCAUUGAUUCAAUACAACAAGUGCCCAGUUCCGCGGAGAGCAUGUUAUCCGUGACUCGGAUUUCCACCCGUAACUUGAUAUCCGAGGGGGACCUGCGGACAUUCAAAGACCGCAUUCGACCCGGUAUGGUGGUUCGUUGUAAUGCGACGGCGAACUUUCCUGGGACCUCAUCUCAGGAGAAACUGGUCAUGAUUCUGUGUCCUCAGGAUGUCGUUGGCAAGAACAUGAAAGACGCUCUUGGCAAUGAGGUCAACCCGAGUUAUUGUUUAGAGAAGACAGAUCUCACAGGAAUCCCUUAUCAGCGAUAUCUAUGUGCCAUGGUAUUGUCAGGGGGGUUGGCGGACUCAUACGAGGUCAGUAUCUGGCGGCAGAUUGUUGUGGACGUGAGCUCUAUGGAGACAGAAGUCUCACUCGAAUAUGAUCCGGCUACGAGGUACUAUCACAUCUGUUGA